AUGUCGAGCCCCAUCUCCGCAAGCCCUCAAGGCAUCGGAGUCGUUGAGCCCAGCAUCACUACUGACAAUGAGAAGUCUGGAACACCACUCGUCACCCUCGCAGACCUCAAGGAUACCAAAGAUGAGACUAACCUCGUCGAGCGUGAGGCGACCGAUGAAGAUACUGAGGUUGACGCUGCCAUCAUUGUUACCGGCGCCGAUGUUUCUGCACACCUGAUCUCAAUGCAGGAUGAUCAUGAUACUGCAAUCAACUUCCGGAGCUUCUUCCUGGCAACCGGAUUUAUUGCCUUCACGGCUGCUCUCAGCCAGAUCUUCAAUUUCAAACCCUCCGGUGGUAGUGUUUCGACAGGACUGACUCUGAUUCUGUCAUACUUCAUCGGUAACGCUUGGGCCAGAUUUCUGCCCAGUGCUGCUAAGCUCGAGACCCGAUGGAAGGCUCGAGGUGGCGAAGGAAAGCUUCCUCUCUGGAUCAAAUUCAUCGGUUUCUUGAAUCCUGGUCCCUUCAAGUUGAAGGAACACGCGGUCAUUGUCUUGUGUGCCAAUGCAUGUGGAGAUAACAGUGGCGUUUCGAUAACAUUCGCAGCCCAGAAACUUUUCUACAACCUUCCUCUCAGCGCGACAACGAUUGUCCUUUCCACAAUCUCCAUCGGUCUCUUCGGGUAUGGCAUUGCCGGAAUCCUUCGGCCAAUCGCCGUGUGGCACCCUGAAUGUGUGUACUGGGGCAACCUCCCACUUGUGAAAUCGAUGCAGGAUCUUCACUGGAAGCACAUCAAUGACUCUCGCCAACUGAGGACUUUCUGGUAUGCGGUUGGGGGAAUGAUGAUCUACCAGAUCAUUCCUGGAUACAUGUUUCCGUGGCUCAAUGGAGUCUCGAUCCCGUGUCUGGCAUCCCAAAAGGCUACUGGAUACACAGCCUCAGUGCUUACGAAUUUGUUCGGUGGAUCCACCAAUAACGAAGGUCUUGGGCUUUUCUCUCUCUGCUUCGAUUGGCAAUAUCUCCAAUCCGGCUCUGUGACCUUUCCGUUGAAAUUACAACUCCCAAUGGCGAUCGGUAUUGGUAUUUGCUCGAUCGUCAUGAUCGGAAUCUAUUAUGGAGACGUAUGGGGCUCGUUAUCACUGCCAUUCAUGUCAACCAACCUUCGCACUGACAAUGGACAUGUGUAUCCCGUCAAAGAAAUCUUUCCUGGUGGCCACCUUGAUGAAGCGCUGCUUGAAAAGCAUGGUAUUCCUCGCCUGACAGGGACAUUUGCUUACAGCAUGCUCAUGGCGAAUGCGGCAAUUGGUGCAUUGAUCCUCCACGUUUUCCUCUUCUGGGGCAAAGAUGUCUGGCAGACAUGGCGGCUUUCGAUGAAGGGUGAGUUCAGAGAACCACACCAUGCGUACAUGGCAAAGAAUUACAAGGACUCGCCAUGGUGGUGGUACAUCUGUAUCGCGGUUCUGAGUUUCAUCAUUGGCAUCGUCGUGGUUGUGAAGGAAGACAUCACUCUCCCUGCUUGGGGAUAUGUCGUCGCGUUGUUGAUCGGGAUGGUCAUUGCAAUCUUCAGCACAAUCCUCUUCUCUCGAUUUGGGAAUGGGAUUGCCACCAAUAAUGUCUCAAAAAUGCUGGCUGGGCUGAUACUUCCAGGACUACCCGUUGGGAAUAUGUAUUUCUCGAUCUGGUCGCAUAACGUCGUCACUUGCGCUUGCGACCUGUGUGGUUCUUUCAAGAUGGGGGACUAUUUGAAGAUACCACCGAAAGUGGUUCUAGCAUGUCAGAUCUAUGGAUGCAUGCUCGGAGCCGCUAUCAACUACGUGAUCAUGAACUACAUCGUUAGCAGCCACCGAGAUUUGCUCAUUGAGGGAAACGGGAACAGCUUUUGGUCGGGUGCCGUAGUGCAAUCUUACAACACCAAGGCAGCGUCAUGGGCGUUGGCUCCUCACAUGUACAAAUCUGGUGCUCGCUACGAGAUGGUACCAAUCGGCAUGGUCAUCGGAGCAGCAGCAGUCCUUGUCCACCGUUUGAUCUACCACUUCAUCCCCAAAGUCGGCAAAUUUGAUCUAUCCGAGAUCAAUCUGCCUCAGUUGAUUCAAUAUUCUGCUUCCAUUCCGGACAUUUCGCCACGGACUGGCAAUUUACUCACCUCCACCGCUCUUGGUUUCUUUGCCCAGUAUUAUCUUCGGAAUUACCGUCCCGCUUUCUUCAGAGACUACCUGUGGAUUCUUGCGCUUGCACUUGACGCGGGCAGCGGCAUCUGCAUCUUCAUUUUGACUUUUGCUGUUAUGGGUGUGGGAACUGCUCCGCAUCCCUUCCCUCUGUGGUGGGGAAACAACCAGAACGGUUACAGCGAUUGGUGCCCUGCCCCGAGCUCUUGA